AUGACUGAAUCGUUUGCUUUUGCCAUAGCUGAGGGAGUUUUGGGGAAGUUGGGCUCGGCCCUCAUCCAAGAAGUGGGCCUUGCCUGGGGUGUUAAAACCGAGCUGGAAGAGCUCAAGGAUACUUUAUCCACCAUCCACGCCCUGCUCUUGGACGCUGAGGAGAAGCAAGCAACCAAUCGUCAGAUUAGCGAUUGGCUUGGAAAGCUCAAACUCGUCCUUUAUGAUGCAGAGGAUGUGCUCGAUGAAUUUGACUAUGAAGCUUUGCGGCAGCAGGUGGUGGCCAGCGGAUCAAGCAUUACGUCAAAGGGAAUUGCAAACACCCGUGUAAUGCAGAGGGAGACCCACUCCUUCGUCCGAGCAUCCGAUGUCAUCGGAAGAGACGACGAUAAAGAAAAUAUUGUUGGGCUUUUGAGGCAAUCCAGUGAUACAGAGAAUGUUUCUGUUAUUCCCAUAGUUGGGAUUGGGGGGCUAGGCAAGACAACUCUGGCUAAACUUGUGUAUAACGAUGAGAGGGUAGUGGGCCAUUUCUCAAUUAAAAUUUGGGUUUCUGUGUCAGAUGAGUUUGAUGUUAAAAAGCUGGUAAGGGAAAUCCUUAAGGAGAUCAAAGGUGAUGAAAAUUACAGUGACUUCUUGCAGCAGCUGCAGAGUCCUCUUAGAAAUGCAUUAGAUGGUGAAAAGUUCUUGCUGGUUUUGGAUGAUGUGUGGAAUACAGAUCGUGAGAAGUGGCUUGAGCUGAAGGACUUGCUCAUGGACGGGGCCAAUGGAAGCAAAAUUCUUGUAACUACACGCAAGAAAGCAGUUGCUUCAAUCAUGGGCACUUUUCCCAUGCAAGAACUAAGAGGCCUUUCCCUUGAGGAUUGUUUGUCUUUAUAUGUGAAAUGUGCAUUUAAGGACGGAGAAGAUGAACAACAUCCAAACCUUUUAAAAAUUGGGGACCAGAUUAUUGAGAAAUGUGCAGGGGUUCCUCUUGCUGUGAGAAGUUUAGGGAGUUUACUGUAUUUGAAAAGGGAUGAACGGGAUUGUGUAUCUGUUGGGACGUCAUUUGUUUUAUCCGGGCAAGGUCGCGGGUUAUUUUUGGCUCUGGCUGACUGUACCACCGAACUGUGUCAGUCAGGGGCAUCACAGCCGAAAUGGGUCAGGACCAGAAUGGCCUCUCCAGGAUUCGAACUCGGGAGCAAGCAAGGCUUAAACUUUGAUACCGUUGCCCUCCUGGUACCAUCUGUGCCCCCUGACUGGCACAGUUCGGUGGUUGCCAAAGUUGACCAGCUCCUCUUAUCCAUGGCUCCGCCUGGAUCAGUCUCCUUUAGAUUCAACUCAUGA